UAUACAGGUUAUAUAGAUUUCCAUUAAAAAUUCCCGACCCAUUCUCAUCUCAAUUCAGACAUCCCGCCGCAAUCAAGCCUCUCCAUCUCCUUCUCCUGUCCCUGACCCAAGCUCUCUCUUGCCCUCAAGUUUCCUACAAACCACGAAAUUGAAUAAGAUACUUUUUGGAACCCUAAACUUAAUGAGUCAUGAGAUUUUGAGGUAUGGCUCGGUUUGUGUUGUCUGCUGUCUGCCUCUGCAUCACUCUGCUGUAUUUGAUUUUCUGUGUCUGAUCUCACUCUCUCUUAUCCUAUUUUUUUGAAAGGCAUCGGUUUAGCGGAAAUGGCGGACUGUUAUCGCUGCUAAUUUCCAUUACACUGCUAUUUGGGGUGUCGGAUGGAGUUUAAAUCUGACAUUAACGCUUGCGCAAAUUCUGUUUAGGGUUAGGGGUUUUUUGCCCUUAAUCAAGGCAUGGAUCCUUCAAAGCAAGAAACAAACCAGAAAAAAGCUUCUAAAACGAUGGCUAAGAAGGAAACCGAAGAAUUCCAAUUUGUUGUUUACAAUACCAUGACUCAGCAAAAAGAGGUUUUCAAGCCCAAAACUCCUGGAAAAGUUCGCAUGUAUGUCUGCGGUGUCACUGCCUAUGAUUUCAGUCACCUUGGCCAUGCUCGUGCUGCCGUUUCCUUCGAUGUCCUUUACAGGUACCUUAAGCAUUUGGGUUAUGAGGUUACUUAUGUCAGGAAUUUUACUGAUGUUGAUGAUAAGAUAAUUCGUCGAGCCAAUGAGACUGGAGAAGAUCCAAUAAGUUUGAGUGACCGGUACUGUAAAGAAUAUAAUAUAGAUAUGAGUGAUCUACAGUGUCUUUCUCCAACACAUGAGCCACGCGUUUCUGGUCACAUGGAGCAGAUUAAAGAUAUGAUAACUCAGAUUAUAAACAAAGACUUUGGAUAUGUUGUUGAUGGCGAUGUGUUUUUUGCUGUUGAUAAAUUCCCAAAUUAUGGCAAGUUAUCUGGGCAGAAGCUGGAAAACAAUAGAGCGGGUGAACGUGUUGCUGUUGACUCAAGGAAGCGUAAUUCUUCCGACUUUGCAUUAUGGAAGGCUGCAAAGCCAGGUGAGCCAUCUUGGGACAGCCCAUGGGGACCUGGACGACCUGGGUGGCACAUAGAAUGUAGUGCAAUGAGUGCACAUUAUUUAAGCUUCAAAUUUGACAUUCAUGGUGGUGGGCUUGAUUUGAUUUUUCCUCACCAUGAAAAUGAAAUUGCUCAAAGUUGUGCUGCAUGCGAAGAGAGUGACGUAAGUUAUUGGUUGCACAAUGGGCAUGUUACUAAUAACAAUGAGAAGAUGUCAAAAUCUUUGGGUAAUUUUUUCACAAUUCGCCAGAUUACCGAGAGAUAUCAUCCACUGGCUUUGCGGUACUUCUUGAUAAAUGCACACUAUCGUUCUCCUCUCAAUUACUCCGUUGUUCAGUUGGAAGGUGCAUCAGAUGCUAUUUUUUACAUAUAUCAGACUUUGAAAGAUUGCCAAGAUGCUCUAUUGCAACUACAAGAAGAAAUUCCCAACGAUGGCAAACCAGCUCGGACUACUCCGGACGCCAAGGAAUGCAUUAGCAAGCUCCGCAAUGAGUUCCAGGUGAAAAUGUCAGAUGAUUUGAGCACUUCACUUAUACUGACUGGAGCCUUUCUAGAAGCGUUGAAGUUGGUAAACAAUUUGUUGACCAUGCUAAAGAAGAAGCAGCAAAAGCAACAAAGAUUAUUGGUAAUUCAAUCCCUUAAAGAGAUCGAGAAAGAAGUUACGAAAGUUUUGGAUGUUCUUGGAUUGCAGCCACCUUGCUCUUAUAAUGAGGUUUUGCUGCAAUUAAAGGAGAAAGCAUUAACGAGAGCCGGGUUGGUGGAAGAUGAUGUGAUUCGUCUAAUUAACGAAAGAGCUGAAGUGAGGAGAAACAAAGACUUCUUGAAAAGUGAUCAGAUGAGAGCUCAUUUGCAAGCAAAGGGCAUUGCACUCAUGGAUGUAGGCACGGAAACAAUUUGGAGACCUUGUGUUCCUGUUCAACAAGAAUCGGAAGUAGUGCCAUCAGAGGGCCAGAAGGUCCCUCCCAAGCCUGAAACUGCAUAAGAAUGCAGAUCUUGAUUCAAGUUCACCAAAAAAACAUAUUGAAUUUGCUGGGAUCAAGGCCAUUUGUAGACAGUUUUGAUUCAUAAUUUAUAAAAUUGUCUUUCCGUUUCUGAUCUAAUAAACUUGUGUAAUGAACCAUGUUCUCUCACUAUUUGGCCUUUAGCUGCACAGAGAGUGAGCCAGAUUAUUUUUCUUUUCUGGAAACAGUACAUUAAUACAGUGUUGUAUACUGGUACAUAGCAGGCAUGAAUAUGGUGGUUAUAUCGACUUUUCUAAGUUUGGUA